GAUAGCCUUCGCUUGGCCUUUCCCGCAAUCCGGUUCCAUCCCAGGCCCAAGGUGGCCAUCCGCUCGCCCCGCUGCCGCCCCCGCCCUGGCGGGCAGGUAGACAAACAUGGGUGCCUACAAGUACAUCCAGGAGCUAUGGAGGAAAAAGCAGUCAGAUGUGAUGCGAUUCCUCCUCCGUGUCCGCUGUUGGCAGUAUCGCCAGCUGUCUGCCUUGCACCGAGCUCCCCGGCCCACCAGACCAGACAAAGCUCGCAGGCUGGGAUAUAAGGCCAAGCAAGGUUACGUUAUCUACCGUGUCCGUGUUCGCCGUGGUGGUCGUAAACGCCCAGUCCCGAAAGGUGCAACCUAUGGUAAACCUGUGAAUCAUGGUGUUAACCAGUUGAAGUUUGCCCGGAGUCUUCAGUCUGUAGCAGAGGAACGUGCUGGCCGUCACUGUGGGGCUCUGAGAGUCUUGAACUCAUAUUGGGUGGGUGAAGAUUCCACUUACAAGUUUUUUGAAGUGAUCCUGAUUGAUCCCUUCCAUAAGACCAUCAGGCGCAACCCUGAUACCCAAUGGAUCACCAAGCCGGUUCACAAGCACAGAGAGAUGCGUGGGCUGACAUCAGCCGGGCGGAAGAGUCGUGGUCUUGGCAAGGGCCACAAAUUCCACCACACUAUUGGUGGCUCACGUCGUGCCGCCUGGAGAAGACGCAAUACCCUGCAGCUGCAUCGUUACCGUUAAUUCCUGUAAAUGUAACGAUCUAAUAAAGCUGAUGCGGGUUGUUGAAUUUAACAAGUGCUUCUGCUGCUUCUUGGUUUAUGUGGAGAAGUGUUGAAUUCUCCAGGAGUUCAGUUGUUUCCAUAUUUUGAAAGGUUUUUCAAAAUGUAACUUGAUAUUUGUGAAGAUUGUAGGUCCUGAGCAUAGAGUUCUGUGAUGGGUUUAACUUUUGAUAAGGCUGAAAAAACGUGCAGUGUGAAUUGAAAGCUUAAUGGCUAGUCCAUGUUCUUUUUUCUGUUGGUCUGAGUGUACUUCUUCACCAUCUGUAGGUCGGGGUCUUUGUGUCCUGUGCUUAGACCGAAGGCCAGCUUUGAUCUUGUGCAAUGACAUGUAAACUGAAAGUGCUAGUUUAUUUUUUACAGAUGAUUAAAUACUACUGGCAAUUUUA